GAUACUUCCACCAUUAAUUUCCAACUCGAGUUGUUUUUCUCCUAAACAGUUUUAUUCUUAUCCUUCUUUCAUUUAAGGCAUAAUUAGCUUAUAUCCAACAAUUUCAUAAAUGCAGGAACUCUCUAAUGGACGCCAUAGAACCAAUCGCGGGUAUUGUGAAGGAUGUUGUACCUACAGUUAAGAAAUAUGUCAAGUAUCAGAUAUGUCACAAUGAUUAUGUCAAUGAAUUCAAAGAAAUGCAAACACAGCUGAAGCAUCGACGGCGAGAUGUUGAAAAAGGAUUGCAUGCUCAGCUUAUGCAGCCUGGGAAGAUUGCAAAGCAGGAAGUUGAAGCUUGGCUAGAGAAAGCAGAACAAGAAACUGCAGAAAAUGUGGUUGAAGAUCUAGUCUGCAAAGGGGGCUGUUUCACAUAUAUUUGCUCCUCAAGAAAGCUUGAUAAAAGAACUCAAUUACUGAAUGAAGGAAUAUUUAAGCAAGGAGAAAAAUACACAAAUGCUGGUGAGAGUUUUGUUGUAGAUGAUCACUCAAUCGAGCAUUGUGCAACUGUAUUCAGAGAAAAACAACAGAGGCUAAAGCACCAAAAGGAACACAUUGAAGCAAAUUUGAAGACUCAGUGUAUGCAACUAGGAAAGAUUGCAAGGAAGGAAGUUGAAGAGUGGAUGGAGAAAGCAGGCCAACAGAUUGCCAUCAAGGUUGAAGAUCUGAUCAGUCAAAGGGAAUGUUCCUUAUCAACCAACCUCGAGAAAAACACUGAAGAAUUGAAGCAAAUGCUUGAGGAAGGAAAAGAAUUUACUAAUGCUGCUGUGAGUUUGGUCAUAGAUGAUCACUCAAUCAAAGGAGUUCCACUACUUGUUGAAGAAUGCAGGGGCAGGGAAGAUAUACAAGGUCAAAUUCUGGAAUGGUUGAAGGGAAAUGAGGUUACAAGAAUUGCAGUUUUGGGAAUGGGUGUGUCAAAAGACUUAAACAUUUUUGUCCAGCAAGAAGAGAAGUUUGACAUUCUCAAGUUUCAGAAAAGGAUUGCAAGUAGCUUGGGAUUAGAACUGAAGCCCGAGGAUCAUGAGAAUGAAACCAAGCUUGCAGGAUUGAUUUCACAAAAGUUGAGGCAGGGCAACUCUGUGCUAAUUCUAGAUGAUGUGUGGCAGCCAUUUUGUCUAGAAGAUGUUGGAAUUCCUAUUCUAGAUGGAAAUAAUGGUUGCAAGUUAGUACUCACGACGCAGUUAGAAGAUGUUGCGCAUGCGAUGGAGUGUGAGGUGAUCCCCGUGAAUCCUCUUCCACCUAAAGAAGCAUUAGCAUUAUUCAAGAAGAAAGUUGGAAGUGCUGUGUUGUCAGAUGGCAGAAUUAAAAGAGAUAUAGAUCCAUUUUUGAAGCAAAUUUUGCAAAAAUGUAAUGGAGUACCCCUUGCUAUUGUGACGGAAGCCAAAACUAUGAGAGGAUGUUUAUGGAAGUCGACACAUACUAAAUGGAGCAAAUUUGAAGGAAUUAUCAAAGGAGUUCCAUUACUUGUUGAAGAAGGCAGGGGUAGGGAUGAUAUACAAGAUCAAAUUCUAGAAUGGUUGAAGGGAGAUGAGGUUACAAGAAUUGCAGUUUCAGGAAUGGGCGGUGUGGGCAAGACAACAAUUAUGAAGCAAGUUCACAACCAACUCUUGAAAGAACCCAAAUUUAACAAAGUUAUUUGGGUAAAAGUGUCAAGAAACUUUGACAUUAUUGUCCAGCAAAAAAAGAAGUUUGAUAUUCUCAAGUUUCAAAAAAGGAUUGCAAGUGGCUUGGGAUUAGAACUGAAGCCCGAGGAUCAUGAGAAUGAAACCAAGCUUGCAAGAUUGAUUUCACAAAGGUUGAGGCAAGGCAACUCUGUGCUAAUUCUAGAUGAUGUGUGGCAGCAAUUUUGUCUAGAAGAUGUUGGAAUUCCUAUUCUAGAUGGAAAUAAUGGUUGCAAGGAGGCAAUGAAUUGGAAAGGUCAUGAUAUACUUGAUAAGCUGGUUGACAGUUGCUUGUUGGAGUUGGUUAGAGGCAGUGAAGAUCGUGUGAGUAUGCAUGAUCUUCUCCGAGAAAUGGCAUUGGAAAUCAGUCCUCAAUUUUUGGUGAAAGCUGGCAUUGCCUUGGAAAAGCUACCAGAAGAGGGUGAAUGGAGAGAAAAUCUUUUGAAGGUUUCUUUAAUGGAGAAUCACAUAACAGAAAUUCCUUCAAGCAUGCCACCUCCAAAGUGUCGUAUUCUUACAACCUUGCUGUUGUCCAAUAACAAGAUUUCAACAAUUCCAGAAGCUUUUUUUGAGCAUAUGCUUGGGCUCAAGAUCCUUGAUCUUUCUGGGAAUGAGAAGCUACAUAGGCUACCGAGUUCUAUUUCCAAAUUGGAGAAGCUUACUACAUUAUUGCUGAAGGGUUGUAAUUCCUUAAGAGAGGUACCAUCUUUAUCCAACCUUGUAGGGUUAAAAAAGUUGGACCUUUCCUGGACAUCAAUUAAAGAACUACCCCAAGGCCUCAACAUGUUAACAAAUCUAAAAUAUCUUGGUCUUGGUGGAAGAUUAUCAGAAACACUUGAUGAACAGCUACAAAAUCUCUCCAAACUUCAGCAUUUACUAAUAAAUGCCGAUCCCGAUGCCGAAACAGAAUAUGAAUGGGAGACGAUUGGAAUUUGGGGGAAGCAUCAAAACCUUGAGUAUCUGGAUCUUUAUGGGUUGUGUAACUUGAAUAUGGUGUUUGGGGAAGUAGGAGCAAUUGCUGAGUCAGCACCGCUACUAGCUGGCACAUUUUCCUCUCUUCAAAAUAUUAGUGUUUGGGAAUGUCAUAAAAUAAAGAUGUUAUUCUCGGUUAAGUGGUUGGGAUAUCUCCAAAAACUACAGAUUAUUGUGGUUUUUUAUUGUAAGCAACUGGAGGAGAUAAUAGGGUCUGAAUCUGAAGGAGGAGAAAAAGUCACUCUACCCAAGUUAGAAAGGUUAGAAUUGGCCGAAUUGCCCCAAUUGAAGACCAUCUGUAGCGGUUCUUUGAUUUGUGAUUCCAUCAGGAAGAUUGGAAUUUCCGGUUGCGAAAAUAUAGAGAGUGUUUUUUGGUCAGGGUUCAACCCACUUUCAAAUCUUGAAUAUCUACAGCUUUACCAAUUAGAGAAUCUGAAAUCGGUAUUUGAUGAAGAAGGUCUUGGUUUAUCGCCACUUGUACCUCCCACAAGCUUUUUCUCUCUUAAAGAAGUUAGGGUUUUUGGUUGUAAUCAAUUAAAGAAGGUAUUCUCGUCUGGAUGGCUGCUCCGCUACUUCCAAUCUCUAGAGACUAUUGAGGUUGAUGGUUGUUUGCAAAUGGAGGAGCUGAUAUCGUCAUCGGUGGAUGAAGAGGAAAAAGUCACUCUACCCAAGUUGCAAAGUUUGCAAUUGUUCGAAUUGCCCCAAUUGAAGAGCAUUUGUAGUCGCUCCAGUGUGUUGAUUUGUGAUUCCAUCCAGAUUCUGAGGAUUUUUGAGUGUGAGAAGCUGAAGAGGAUUCCUCUGAAUUUUCCCUUGCUUGAUAAUGCCCAAUCAUCUCAUCCUUCUUCCCUCAAAGAAAUUGUGGUAUGGCCAAAAGAAUGUGAUGGUGUUGUUUACCUGUGGUAUAGAUACAGUAUAUGAUGGAACUCAAAGGGAAACAUUCACUGAUUUAUGGGCUAAAUAUAUUUAUCUAUUUUAACAAAUUAAUCAGGACUGCAUCAAGAUACUUGUUGGAAAACAAAGUUGACCAAUGUUGUUUGUUUCUGUUUUUUCAUUUUGCUCCAAUUAGCAAUUCAAUCUCAAGUUCAUCUGAAACUUUCUCAUGGGCCUAUUUGAUGUUAUGAAAAAUGAUUCUUGAGUGUUAUUUUAUAGACGGAAUUUAAUGAUACCACUCACAUUGGUAAUCUUAACAAGAAAGUGAAAGGCUUAUGUCCAGAAAGCACUGUAUUUGACUUUGGUUGGGAAUGUGGAUGCCUUUUUAUAGAGUGCAGUACAAAAACUGGAGUAAAUGUAGAAAAAUGCUUUCUAACGAGCUUGUCUUAAAAGUUUCAACUUUGUCUUUGAAACUAUGUGCACAAAGGACUUGAAAUUAAUUGGGAUCUAUCUAAGUUCCUUUGCUAUUUAUCUUACUGCCCUUGCAUCUUUGCUUUUCGUGUGAUAAGCAUUUUAAUUGUCACUUUUAUCAACUAUAUCUGCCCCACUUGUUAUUUUAUAUUCUCAGAAUCACUGAAGAUGGACUAGCAUUGGAGUCAGAUUAUACUCCUCUUUUUAUCUUUUCCCUUUCUCUUAUGUUUUCAUUUAAGAUUGAUGUAGAUUUCUUCAAACUUUAUCACAUUUUCCUUUUGUUGAAGAAUGUGAGCAUGUUCUAAUUUCUAAUC